AUCAUUCAGCAUCAGUGAUUCUCAGGCUCUUGUUCAGUGGAGUGCUACGUUGCCAACAAAAUUGCACAACAUUUGAGUUUUGCCGGUGGUGGAUUAGACACUCUGUGUUGUUUUCUUGUUGCCGAAGAAAAACAUACACUCUGUAUUUUCUCCUUUUCCCCUUUUGUGUGUACGCUUCUUUUUUUCGCGAGUGCAACUUCUUUUUUCCUACCACAUUAUAAAAACACACAGCCACCAAUUAAUUUCCCUCAGUGCAUCGAGCGUCACUGAAUGGAUUUGAGUGGAGCUAAGAAGACACUGCGUUAGUUCAUUCUUCAAAUAUAUUUUUGUUUUAUUGUUUUUUCGGGAAAAGACUCGAGAAAGUGUGAUAAAACCCACCCUGAGUAACAUACAGAAAAAGAACUCUUGGAAUAAUGAUGCGAAUCAUCUGCGGUGUCCUCCUGAUUGUGCUGUCCGUGGCAGCAGAUCAGGAGUUUAUGAGUCCAGGUGUUCGUGCAGCCAUACGGGUGUACGAUGAGUGUCAGCGUGCCGAGGCUGGAUUCAGUGUGUGCCUUAAGAAGAAGGCCAUCACGUUCAUUGAUCGUGUGACCAAAGUGGAUGCCAUAAAUGUCGGUGAGGGUGUUAGGAUAGUCCGCAGUGCUGACAGCCCGGUGGUGGAUGUACCCAAAUCUCUCGGUGAGGAUUUGGAAAAGAGUCUACCGCGAAAUGCUGAGGCAAGGGAUGAAGCACUCACCACACUCCUUGCGGAUCGUGUUGCGCGCUUCCUCAGCAGCAGAACAGUCAUGGUCACCCUGCCCAAAGUCUCUCCAGAUGAAAUUGGUCGGUCAGUUGAAGAAGGCCGUGGUAAAAUGAAGAAGAUGAUGAGCAUGAUGAUGAUGGGCUUCGCUAUGAAGAUGGCAGCAAUGAUCCCCGUAGCGAUAGCUGGACUGUACGUGCUCGCGGGCAAGGCGCUGAUAAUCUCCAAGAUUGCCCUCCUCCUUGCUGGAAUAAUUGCACUGAAGAAACUUCUGUCGCAGAAGAACAGUGGCGGCGGAGGUGGUGGCGGUUGGUCGAGUGGUGGAUCAGGUGGUGGAUGGUCUUCCGGGGGUGGUGGUGGCCACGGCGGUGGAUGGGACAGGAGGUCUCUGGAAGCCCAGGAUCUUGCCUACAGAGGAUACAUUACACAGUAAACAAGCAAAUCUUCCUCCCAUAUUUUUGUUGACCUCCAAGAGAUCUCUCUAAAUCUUCUAUUUAAUUCUAUAAGGAAGAUCAUAUUGGUUUUCCACCUGCCUCAUCUACAAAAAAAACUACUCUUCUUUCCCGCCACUCUCUAGCUAAAUAUUUAUUUGCUCUAAACAUGUUUACACAUUUCAUUUGAACAUUCCUCAACCACCCACAAUCUCCAGCCGAUAUUUACACAGUAGAAGAAUUAUUAGGAAUCUCCAAUCAAUAAGACAAUUAUCUUCCUCUCUUUUACAACAAAAAGUUGCAGGUGAAAAGAUAAUUGGUCAAAAGUGAAUUGUACAAUUGCAGAUGAGAAAUUUCACACUAAACAAAUUAUAAGGGUAUUUUAUAAUUUUUUUUCUUUCUCUAUAAUAUGAAGAAUGUUAAACAAUUUAAUUUAAAGAUGAAGAAAAAAUCCUAAUAUACAUUGUUGAUGCCAAAUCAUUAAUAGAGCGGACAAAAUUUAGUGUGAAUUUUUAUUUAUUUAUUUUCAUUUAAUUUUAAAUAAGUCUUUCUUCAAUCUCUUAAUUUGUUAUUUAAUUAGAAUGUCAAACGGAAAGUUUGAAGAAACGAACGGCAUUAUGAGUGCUAUUUCUGCUAUAAAAAUUUAUCUCUUUACUAUUUAUUUGUUGUUAUUGUAUUUAUAUAUUUAUUUAAUUGUAUGUUUUUGUUACUCUACUUAAUGAAUCCUAAAUUUAAUUAACAGUAAGUUUAAAAUAACAUAUAAACUCUUCAAAAAUUCCCCAACUGUAACAUCCAUAAUAAUCUCCCUCUUCUACCUCUUCCAUCUCCUUUUCGACCAUCUCUGUAUUCUGUGUCAAAUUUUACCUGUAAGAUUUAUAAAAAAAAGGAAAGAAAGAAGAAGAAGCUUCUCAAGCUUAGACUGUUGAAGAGAAUCAGUAAUAAAGAAAAUAAAUACAACUUGACAGAAAA